GUUAUCCCUCUGCGCGCUCCUGAAGGUUCUCGCGAGAGUUUCGUGCCGAUCGCCGACGGGGUGGACAAGAUGGCGGCCACAACUACCAUCUCCUUGGGUACAGAGUCCAUCAAGAUGGAAAAUGGUCAAAGCACAGCAGCCAAACUGGGGCUCCCCCCCCUCACACCCGAGCAGCAGGAGGCCCUCCAGAAGGCAAAGAAGUAUGCGAUGGAGCAGAGCAUCAAGAGUGUGCUGGUGAAGCAAACCAUCGCCCACCAGCAACAACAGCUAACCAACCUGCAGAUGGCAGCAGUGACAAUGGGCUUUGGAGAUCCUCUCUCACCUUUACAAUCGAUGGCAGCCCAGAGGCAGCGCGCCUUGGCCAUCAUGUGUCGUGUUUAUGUGGGCUCCAUAUACUAUGAGCUGGGAGAAGACACCAUUCGCCAGGCCUUUGCCCCGUUUGGACCUAUAAAAAGCAUUGAUAUGUCCUGGGACUCUGUUACCAUGAAGCACAAGGGGUUUGCCUUUGUGGAAUACGAGGUGCCUGAAGCUGCACAGCUGGCCUUGGAGCAGAUGAAUUCUGUCAUGCUGGGAGGAAGGAAUAUAAAGGUGGGGAGGCCGAGCAACAUAGGACAGGCACAGCCCAUCAUAGACCAACUGGCAGAAGAGGCACGGGCUUUCAACCGCAUCUACGUGGCUUCGGUACAUCAGGACCUGUCAGAUGAUGACAUCAAGAGCGUGUUUGAGGCCUUCGGAAAGAUCAAAUCCUGCACGCUAGCCAGGGAUCCCACAACAGGGAAACACAAAGGCUAUGGUUUCAUUGAAUAUGAGAAGGCGCAGUCUUCUCAAGAUGCUGUUUCCUCCAUGAACCUCUUUGACCUUGGGGGUCAAUAUCUCCGAGUUGGUAAAGCUGUGACUCCUCCGAUGCCUCUCCUGACACCUGCCACACCAGGGGGAUUGCCUCCAGCAGCAGCUGUUGCUGCUGCAGCUGCGACAGCAAAGAUCACAGCACAGGAAGCAGUGGCAGGAGCUGCAGUUCUUGGCACUUUGGCCACCCCUGGGCUCGUGUCCCCUGCACUGACCCUUGCACAGCCACUGGGGGCGUUGCCACAGGCUGUGAUGGCAGCACAGGCGCCGGGAGUCAUUACAGGUGUUACUCCUGCCCGCCCUCCCAUUCCCGUCACCAUUCCCCAGGUGGGAGUUGUGAAUCCCAUCCUGGCCAGUCCUCCGGCUCUGGGCCUGAUGGAGGUCAAGAAGGAGAAGGAAGAGGAGGAGGUGUUCCAGGAAUCCGAGAGGCCGGAGAUGCUGAGUGAGCAGGAGCACAUGAGCAUAUCUGGCAGCAGUGCCCGUCACAUGGUGAUGCAGAAGCUGCUUCGCAAACAGGAGUCCACUGUGAUGGUGCUUCGCAACAUGGUGGAUCCCAAGGACAUUGAUGAUGACCUGGAGGGAGAAGUGACGGAAGAAUGUGGCAAAUUUGGGGCUGUAAACAGGGUCAUCAUCUACCAGGAGAAGCAGGGAGAAGAGGAAGAUGCUGAGAUCAUCGUCAAGAUCUUCGUGGAGUUCUCCAUGGCCUCAGAGACUCACAAAGCCAUUCAGGCUCUGAACGGGCGCUGGUUUGCUGGCAGAAAGGUGGUGGCAGAGGUGUACGACCAGGAGAGGUUUGAUAACAGCGACCUGUCGGCAUGAACUCUGCAGGAAGGACUCGGCCCCUGUCCCCUCUGCCUGUCUGUUUUUUUAGCCAUGUGUAAAGAAUGCUCCCACGUGGGCACAGAUCUCUGUGAUGUACUCGUAGUUUGGAUAAAAGCACCAAGAAAGUUAA